GCUUUGUUCUCCCCUUCCCCCCGCAUUCGCCACCCUUGUGACCCUAUCAGAGUGGCGGUUGCUGGGAGACGGGCCGGGGCCUGCUCGGCGUGCGGGCGGCGGUCGCCUCGUGUCUGUCCCGCUGCGCUAAGCCUCCAGGCGGCGGCGGAAUGGGACGGCCGCGGACAGCGGCGGCGCCAGGCGGCGGCGAGAGCAGUGAGGCGGGCGGAGAUCUCUCCUCUCUGUCUUUUGAGGAAUUGCUGCAGCUGCGGAACAGGGUUGGAACCAAAGCAUAUCAACAGAUGACUUGUGGGAAGAAGGCACCAUACCAUACCAAAGUCAAGACAAAGCAACGGCAGAGCAAGCAGGGACCACUGGAGUUUUCUGCCAAGAACCCAGUUCCCUUUCUGCGACAGGUGGUCUCUGCCAAAAAAAAGGUGCACAGAGAUCCGCGCUUUGAUGACUUAUCUGGGGAGUACAGCCCAGAAGUGUUUGAGAAGACGUACAGCUUCUUGAACAGCAUCAAGGAGAGGGAGAAAGAGAUGGUUCAGAAGCAGCUGAAGAAAAGCCGAAACGCAGAGCAGCAAGAGAACCUGCAGCAGUUGCUAAAGAGAAUGACGCAGCAGGAAGUUGCUCAGAAAGACUGGCAGAGACGAAGAGAGAAGGAGCUGGCCCUGAAAAAACAACAGAGGGAACAGGCCCAACAGGGGAGGAAGCCCUUCUACUUGAAGAAAUCUGAGAAACGGAAAUUGGAGUUGGCAGAGAAAUAUGCAGAGCUGAAGAGGAGUGGGAAGCUGGAGAGCUUCCUGAGCAAGAAGAGGAAGAGGAAUGCCAUUAAGGACAAGCGCAGACUGCCCUUCCGUAAAGAUAUAUGACUGCUGGGGUGGGCUGGGCAUGCAUGCAGCAAUGUUGACUGGAUAUCAAGCACUGGGAUUUAGCUCUGGCUGCUGACUGGCCGAGCCCAACUGUCCCACAUCCUGCUCUUGGUUCUGUCUUCUCUGUAUCACUGCUCUCUGUUGCUGAAUGACAGUUGUCUUUCAGUAGUGGGGUUGGGGCUCUCUAUCCACCUAGACAGCCAGGGGUUGAGCAGAAUAAAGUUCUGGUCCAAGCUGCACAAAGGGCUAGCUAGAAUAUUCCAUAAGGUUCAGACAUUGUCUAGAAUGCAGGGUCCAGAGUCAUGCAGGUUGGUCACAACUAGUUCUGUCCUUGUACAAAAUGCCUUUGCCCUAGUAUUCAUUCACUUGCUGUCAAGGCACAGCAGGCUUGUGCCCCUGCAUUAGAACUUUUCUCUUGCUCAUAUUCUGGCAAGAGCCCUUGCUCUUGCGCAGGUAGGAGGAGCAGUCUGAACCUCCUGGACUGGCUCAGGUUAGGCUUCAUGGAGUUCAGUCCUCUCUCUUUUCAGAACUGAUGUCAGCUAAGAGCAGAUGCAACUGGGACCCUUUCCAGACCCUACACCACCCUUUGCCAAUAUUGUGGUUCUUUAUUACCCUGCGUGUGUAGCCCAUCAGGCAGCUUUGGGUCCAUCUGACGGCUUAUUUCUCAAAAAAUGUUGAGCGUAUUUUCAUGGGUUGCUAUGCAAAAAAGUUGUAAUAAAAGAUAAAUCUCUCAUCA